AUGGAUUCCGAGGAGGACUUCAUGUCCGCUCUUUCGAGCGAGGACGAGAUGAUGCAAGACGACAGCGGCGAGGACAUGUCGGGCGCCGAUGACUUCGACGAGGACGACUUCGAUGACGAGCCCGACGCCGACCUCGGCAUUAUCAAGGACUCCGACAGUAAGAAGAAGGUCGCCUACGACAUUUCCUUCAAGGUCUACAAGCCCGAGGACAUCCAGAGCCAACAGGACGACAUGAUCGACGAGGUCAAUAUGAUUCUCAAUAUUCGCAAGGAGGACGUCGCCAUCCUGCUGCGCCACUUCCGCUGGAACAAGGAACGCUUGAUUGAGGACUACAUGGAUACUCCGAAUAAGGUACUGGAGGCUGCAGGCCUGGGAUCGAACGUCACCGGCCCGCCCAAGCUAGAGGCCAUCCCGGGCUUUAUGUGCGACAUUUGCUGCGAGGACGAGGAGGGUCUCCAGACCUUUUCUCUCAAGUGCGGUCACCGAUACUGCGUCGACUGCUACCGUCACUACCUCAACCAGAAGAUCCGCGAAGAGGGCGAGGCUGCCCGCAUCCAGUGCCCUGCCGAGGGCUGUGGCCGCAUCAUCGACUCCAAGUCGCUCGAUCUUCUCGUCACCCCCGAACUCGGUUCACGGUACCACGAGCUGCUCAACCGCACAUAUGUCGAGGACAAGGACUCCCUCAAGUGGUGCCCCGCUCCCGACUGCCCGAAUGCCGUCGAGUGCCCUAUCAAGAAGAAGGAUUUGGACAGAAUCGUCCCCACGGUCGCCUGCGCAUGUGGUCAUCGCUUCUGCUUCGGUUGCAUCCUCAACGACCAUCAACCAGCCCCCUGCGAGCUCGUCAAGAGAUGGCUCAAGAAGUGCGCCGACGACUCCGAGACAGCUAACUGGAUAUCAGCGAACACAAAAGAGUGUCCGAAGUGUAACUCCACUAUUGAGAAAAACGGUGGCUGCAACCACAUGACCUGUCGCAAGUGCAAGCACGAGUUCUGUUGGAUGUGUAUGGGCCUGUGGUCGGAGCAUGGCACCAGCUGGUACAACUGCAAUCGCUUCGAGGAGAAGAGCGGCACCGAAGCCCGCGAUGCGCAAGCAAAGUCCCGCAUAUCGCUGGAGAGAUACCUGCACUACUACAACCGCUACGCCAACCACGAACAGUCCGCCAAGCUCGACAAGGACAUUUAUCAUAAGACAGAGAAGAAGAUGGUGCAGCUCCAGACCGCGUCAGGCAUGUCGUGGAUCGAGGUUCAGUAUCUCAACCAGGCCUCGCAGACACUGCAAACCUGUCGACAGACCCUCAAGUGGACGUACGCAUUUGCCUUCUACCUUGCCCGCAACAAUUUGACGUCCAUCUUCGAGGACAAUCAGAAGGAUUUGGAGAUGGCGGUUGAGGCACUGUCAGAAAUGUUCGAGAAGCCCGUCACAGAGCUGUGUGACAAGAAGCUGAAGGUCGACAUCAUGGACAAGACGUCGUACUGCAAGAAGCGACGCAUCAUUCUUCUGGAGGAUACCGCCGAUAAUUUGGCCAACGGUCGCUGGACUUUCAACGUUGAUCUUACCGGUCCUAUGCCAUCCGCUGCCACGGGCAGCCGCCGUUGA